AUGGCAGGCAAGACAGUCGUGGCACUUGACCUCUAUGGCACUUUGUUGUCAACAGAGUCCAUUGCCAACCAGCUAGCGAGCCAUUUCGAGGCUACCAAGGCCCAAGCCAUCUCCGCACUCUGGCGGAGGUACCAGCUCGAAUACACAUGGCGACUCAACAGCAUGGAGCGCUACGAGGAUUUCUCCAGCGUCACUCGGAAUGCAUUGCUUCAUGCGCUAGCUGAGAGCGAAGAGCAGUUGAGCGACAGCAAGAUCGCCAAUCUAAUGGAGGCCUACGAUAGCCUGUCUAUAUUUCCCGACGUGAACCCAGCACUAGGCCGAAUUGCAGCCGAUCCUACUAUCCACGCCGUGGUAUUUUCCAACGGAUCGAGAUCAAUGGUCUCCAACUCGAUCUUACGGUCAAGGAACCUUGCUCCCCAUGCCAGUGUGUUCCAAGACCUGAUUACCGUCGACGAUGUCCAGCGGUACAAGCCAUCGCGAGCUAGCUAUCAACACCUUGCCGAGAAAGUCGGGAAGCAGCCAUCGGAGAUAAACGAGCUGUGGCUCAUCAGCGGCAACCCGUUCGACGUCGUGGGCGCGCGUAGCAUGGGAAUGAACGCGAUCUGGGUUGAUCGGGCUGGCAAGGGGUGGCAGGAUGCUGCUGUGCCAAAUCUACGGCCUUCGGCCAUUGUACGUAGCCUGGAGCAUAUCGUGGACACGAUCAAGGGCCGUCGCGAGUGA